CCUCUCCCAGAUCGGCCGCAGCGGUAAACCUCGGCAACGCGUUUGCCGAGCUGUCCAGGUCCAACACCCCAAUUUCCCAUCUUUUCACAGUCAGCUUCAAACCGUCUAACAGUCAGAGGUCAAUUUUGCAUCCAGGCCAUUCGCCGGAGAUGGCGUCGGAGCUGACUUACCGCGGCGGGCCGGCCGCAGGAUCCGCCUCCGAUGGCGGCGAGUACUCGCCGAAGCCCUCCAAGCCGCUCUCCUGGCUCCCGCGCGCCGCCCGCUACGCAACCGCCGAGCACCGCCCUCUCUUUGCCCUCGUCGGCAUGCUCUUCGCCGCCGCCAUCUUCGCCCUCUCCUCGUCCUCCUCCCCGGUCGGGUACAGCUCCCCCUCCGGCGCCGUCGCUGCCUCCUUCAACCACCUCGUGACCGGCGCGCACCCGUCGCUGCACGAGUCCGUCGGCGGCAAGGUGCCCCUGGGGCUGCGCCGCCGCGUGCUGCGGGUCCUCGUGACCGGCGGCGCCGGCUUCGUCGGGAGCCACCUGGUUGACCGCCUCAUGGAGCGCGGCGACAACGUCAUCGUGGUCGACAACUUCUUCACGGGCCGCAAGGGGAACGUCGCGCACCACCUCGCCAACCCCAGAUUCGAGGUCAUCCGCCACGACGUCGUCGAGCCCAUACUGCUCGAGGUCGACCAGAUCUACCACCUCGCCUGCCCUGCCAGUCCCGUGCACUACAAGUACAACCCAAUCAAGACAAUCAAGACCAACGUUGUUGGAACACUCAACAUGCUUGGAUUGGCAAAGAGGAUUGGGGCAAGAUUUCUCCUCACAAGCACCAGCGAGGUCUAUGGUGAUCCUCUCCAGCACCCUCAGGUGGAGUCAUACUGGGGCAAUGUCAAUCCCAUUGGUGUCAGGAGCUGCUAUGAUGAGGGCAAGCGCACAGCUGAAACAUUGACCAUGGAUUACCACCGUGGUGCAAACCUUGAGGUGAGGAUUGCUCGAAUUUUCAACACUUAUGGUCCUCGCAUGUGCAUAGAUGAUGGCCGUGUUGUCAGCAACUUUGUUGCUCAGGCACUAAGGAAGGAGCCUUUGACUGUCUAUGGCGAUGGCAAGCAGACCAGGAGCUUUCAAUACGUUUCUGAUCUGGUGGAAGGGCUGAUGAAGCUGAUGGAAGGGGACCACAUAGGACCAUUCAACCUUGGUAAUCCUGGUGAGUUCACCAUGCUGGAGCUGGCUAAGGUGGUCCAGGACACCAUUGACCCAAAUGCACGCAUUGAGUUCCGUGCGAACACUGCCGAUGAUCCACACAAGCGGAAGCCAGACAUCACCCGCGCGAAUGAACUCCUGGGCUGGGAGCCCAAGGUCCCUCUGCGUGAGGGCCUUCCCCUCAUGGUCACGGACUUCCGCAAACGUAUCUUUGGGGAUCAGGAAGAGUCCACUACCACAGCUGGUGGUAUGUCUUAACUUCAUGGCAACUCCACACACUAUAGUGAACUUCUGUAAUUGAUCGUGUACAAGUAAAGUAAAGGGUAAAACAAUUGCAAGAUCUGUAGAAUUUGGCGUUGUGGUUUUGGCUCCAUACCAUACAUAUAGCUCUUUGGGCGAUAUGGAAAUGGUACUACUACUAGAAUAUCUUGGUACUAUUGUAGACUGUACUCUGUAGUGAUCUAAAGUGUUAUAAGCUGUAUAUGUUCCAACAUGAGCACUUCAGUUGCUUCCAAAGCUCACAUAUAUUUGCCUUGAGAUGCAAAUGAUGAAGAGAUGGUUUGAUCUA